UUAUUCUUCCAAUCGUUUCAAGAUAAACACAUCAAGCAAAGUUCCCAGAAUUCUAAUUACAAAUUGAGAAUUGAGUUAGGGUGAACAACCUAAAGUGCAAAUUAGUUGUUAUUCAGCAGUUAUAAAGUAAGGAAAGAUUUGUUUAACAAAUUUGCGAGUGUCUUGAUAAAACCAAUAAAUAAAAACCUCUUUAAAACAAUUAUGACGUGUCAAGGAGGCCGCUAUCGAGGUUGGGAGAGCUGUGCCGGGUUUGCCGGGCCGGGACGAGGCCGAGCUGCAGCAUCAAGAUAUACCUAAACUAUUAGUUUAGCUCGGAGUUUUCAUACACGGUCAACAAUGAUUGACUCUCCACUUUAAAUAAAGUAUUUUUUAGAAUUCAAGUAAUCAGGAUGAAACUGACCAACAUCUGGUCGGAGAUCUCCUCCAUGCUGUACUGGACUAUGCUGGCUGCCUGUACAGUAGGUCCGGGUACAGUUGUAACCUGUGCAAGAGCAGGAGCAGAGUACGGUAUGAGUAUGAUCUGGGCUCUCGUAUUCGCUUCUAUCCUGGCUUACACUCUCCAGGAAGGAACAGCAAGGUUGACCAUCGUAUCCGGGAAGUCCCUUGGGCAAUGUCUAAGGAUGAAGUACAGGAAUGGAGCUAAGAUCUACGAUACCGCCGUUAUCUGCUGGAUGGUUGGCAUCUGUGUGUUCUUCGGGAACACGCUCUACGAGUGCAACAACUGGGCCGGAGGAAUCGACGCUAUUCUUGCCAUACCUGGAGCUACGGAUACAACUCCUCUUCGUGUUGGCUGCUGCGUAGCAUAUGCAGUGCUGGUGCUGGCCCUGCUCUACUGGGACAAGGUUGACAGCCUGGGUGUUGUGCUCGGAAUGAUGAUGAUGGGCAUGGUCUGUCUCUUUCUCGUGGUUGUUAUUAUCAUGGGACUGGACUUCGCAGAGCUAGGACGAGGACUGAUCCCGAAUAUGCCGGAGAAGAAAUCUGAGACUUCAGCAGAACCUGCGGAUAUGAUACUAAGCUUGGUCGGAACUACUUCCAUUGGAUUCAACCUAUUCCUGGGGGGAACCAUGGCUAAGGGAAAGAAGCUUGAAUCCUCCCAGAGAGGAAUAGCUUUCUCCACCAUCUCCGCUCUAGAGGUUUCCGUUCUUAUUCUCAUUGUUGGAGCUGGAACCUAUAACGCCAAUCACGGAGAAGCGUUCUGCAUCCUUACCCUGGCUAACUUCAUCAAGAACUUCAUCGGCGAGAUCGGUGUGUUCGUGUUCUCAAUCGGGUUUAUUGCAGCUGCGAUAAGCUCCAUGCUGGCGGUUCCUCUUGGAGCUGGACUCACUGUUGAGAGUGUGUUUAGUGAGAGCGAGGGUGAACGAGAUGAAACCUGUAUCUCUGACCAUGCUGUACAGAUUGGACUGAUCAAUGAGAAGAAUAUAACUGUGGAUCAGCUUGGAGACGGAACUGAAGCUAAGAUGAAGGAUGAUGAGACCAAGCAACCUCUGACUGGAGAACCUGGAGAAGAUAAGAACCUUGAGAUGGUUGAGGAGGGACGGAAAGCUAAAGAGCUGCCUAGGUUUGUCUACUGGGGAAUCAUCUCAGUAAUGGUUGUUGUAGCGACAUUGGUCAUCAGUCUUGAUGCUCCGCGUACUCACGUGAUUCUCGUGGCCCAGGUCUUUAACGGAUGCUUGCUACCUUUCUUUGCUAUCUGUCUGCUUGUCUGCUUGAACGAUCCGCAGUUUAUGUCCAGCUCCCCCCAACCUGCGUGGGCAAACUGCUUCCUCUUCACAUCCGUAACCAUCACCGUGUUCCUGGCCUCCAACGUGUUCCUGCAGAAGCUGUUUGGUCACCUCCUCUCUGGGGUCUGGAUGAAGAUAGGUUUAGCUGGAGGAUCAGCAGGGUUGGGUAUGCUGGCCUUGUGUAUCUUCACCUCCCUAGGGAGCGACCUUGUCAACUCCUUCAGGUCCUCCAGAGGGGUUCAGACUUGAACAACAAAACUUCGAAUGAUUCUACACUCAAUCAAAAUACAUUAAACCCAUGUUCUCUAAACCUAAAGUAUUUAUGUAACAAUCGUUGCUGUUUGCUAAUAAUUCUUGCAUUUUUUAUAUCUACAGCAAAGCUAUUUACUUCACAUUACAUCAAAUCAAAAACAUGUACUUCCUUAAAAUAUAAUCAAUUUUAAAUUUCAUUUCAUCAACACAUCUUGUAAGCUCCAAUAAUUUUUGUUGAAUUUUUUAAUUCAGGGGUAAAUCUUUUCCAUACAAAACAUAAUACUUUUGCGAAUUUUGUGUUUACGGACUAAGGCAUUGGACUUAAAAAUCUUGAGCUUAUCAUCAAUUUCCAACGAUUUAUUUUUUUUGGCUCCGUCCUUCUUGAAAAAUAUUUACCCCUUCAGUCUUCAUAUCAUUCCUUGUUGUAUGUAAACCAAGGUUGUAUAAUAAGGUUAGUUACUCUAGGUGCGCUUCAAUGUACGAAAAAUGUCGUCUUCUAAGAUAGAUAGUUAAAAACUUCAUAUGACGACAGUUUCGCCUCUAUAAUCAGUGACGUCAUAUGAGCUUUUUAUCUAUCUUUGCUUAGGAGACGACUUUCAGCUGUACAUUGAAGCGCAUCGAGAGUAACAAACCUUAUUAUACAACCUUGGUGUAAACGUUGUUUGCGUUGUACCACCUUGCUUGUACCAGGGCAAGAUUUAAACAGCGAAGAAUCUCUGAAAAGGAGAAACGUGUACACUCUCCAUCAAUUGUACAGUGUAAAGUAAAUGCGGGAAAAGGGAACAGAUGGAAUAUUUUAGCUGAUUUAUGAGAACUUUGUUGAUUAAAAUCUUUUUACAAGGUCGAAAAUCCCUCCUCUCUCCCCUCCAAAGAAAUCCCUCCCCCUUCCCCUCCAAAGAACAAAAAUUGCUCAAACAAUUUCAUGGAAAAAAAAA